UAACUAAUUGGUAUAUUGUGUAUGUAAUAAAAUUUAUCGUUGAUGAAAAUGAUGUAUAAUUUACAGAAAACUAUUGUUGUUUUAUAUUUAAUUCAAUUUAACUUAUGCCAUGGCAGUAAUUGGCAUUACUCACUAUCUUCAAUAUAUGAUCUGUUUAACUUGGAAAUCGGAUAUUUAAUUGAGACUGAAACAUACAUCAGAAAUGAGUAUAAAAGAUUAGACAAUAUCAGAAAGUUUAUAGAUCAACGAAAGAAACAAAAUGAAAGAGAGUUGGCAGAGUCGUAUACAGAGAGCUCAAUAAAUGCAUUCAAAACAAUUCUACGCAUUAAAAGUGACUGGGAAAUAUUAAAGAAUAAAACGGCACAAACAACUACAAUUGGAGAAUUCAAUCAUGGAUCAGUGACUAAUGAUAACAUUAUCAGUGGAUUAAAAGCUAUAAGGAGGUUACAGAUUAUAUACGAACUCGAUGCGUCCGAAAUAGCAAAUGGAAACAUUGGUGGUCACACAUCCCAGCCGCUUGAUGUUAACGAUUGUUAUGAUAUGGCAUCGUUAUGUUACGAUAAUGCUGAAUAUCAUUGUGCAUACUGGUGGUUUCGCGAAGUCUAUGAUAAAUACAAAAAAAACAGUGAUAGAUUAAAUGUUGAUUACACUACAUACAUAACACAAUUUGUUUGGUCGAGUUACUUAGUUGGUGACAUUAAUUGUUCAGUAGAUAUAUUAAACGAAUAUUUGAUGGAAAAUAACGAAAUGAAUGAUAAUCUAACGAAUAUUAGAUACACAGUGUGGAAUGGAAAUAACGUCUUUAAACGAAACACGGCAAACGAUAAUGAUAAAAAGUUCUACUCGUAUUCACUUCAAAAACUAGAUUCAGAAAAAGAAGUGAGUUAUUUCAAAACUGCAUGUAUGAAUACGAUGAAUUAUAAAUAUUCUAAUUUGAAAUGCCGUUACUAUCAUGGAGGUUGUAAAUAUUUGAUGAUUGGUCCAUUACGUGAAGAAAUCGUAUUGUUAGUACCAAGCAUGAAGCUGUAUCAUAACGUCCUGUAUGACAACGAAAUAAAAAGGAUAAAAGAAUUAGCGAUACCAAAGUUGGAAAAAUUGUCGACUGAUACAAACGAAGAUGUAUCCCUUAGAAAAGUAGCAUCGUUUAAGAAAUACGAGGAUCAAGUAUUUGAAACAAUUAACGAUAGACUUGCCCAGAUUACUUCAAAGUCUACGACAAACAUUGUGGACAAAUACAUCGUUACCAAUUAUGGUGUCGGUGGUCAUUACUUACCUCAUACUAAGUACAUUGACGAUGAUCAUUUGGUUAACAGCAAAGGACGAGAUGCCAUAGUUAUUUUCCAUAUGGAUGACGUGCUUGAAGGGGGCGCUACUGUAUUGCCUGAUGUAAAUGCACGCGUGCCAAGUGUCAAAGGUUCUGCAUUAGUUAUAUAUAAUAUGAGGAGCACCAUUAUGCCGAAGGGGCAAUUUUUAAAAUUCGUGCAAUAUGGAUCUUGUCCAAUAGUUUACGGUGAUAAAUGGACAUUGUCAGUGAAUUUAAAACAAUAAAACAAACGUUUACUAAGCAUGUAAUCAGUAGUUAAGUUUCGUAUAAUAUUAUAGCACUAUGUUAUUUAUUAAACGUUACAUCAAAGAAGUGACAAGAAAAAUCAAAACAA